AUGGCAGUAGCAGCAAUAAGAUGGGCAAUAUCAAACAGAACUUUCUUGAAACAUUUAUUUCCAAUUGAAAAUGGAGUUUUAUAUUGUGUUUGUCAUAAAUCUACAUAUUCUUCUCUUCCAGAUGAUUAUAAUUGCAAGGUUGAGCUUGCGCUGACAUCUGAUGGCAGGACCAUUGUAUGCUACCAUCCUUCUGUGGACAUUCCAUAUGAACACACAAAAGCUUUAUUGAGUAUACAAAGCAAACCAUUUAAACACAAUUAUGAGCACCAGUUUUCUGGUCUAAAAAUCUGGUAG